AUGUCGGAGCUUCCUGAGGAUGAGGAUGCGUUUGACGACAUUCUCUCCCGACUACCGGUGAAAGAUCUGCUACGUUUCAGGUGCGUUUCCAAACGAUGGUGUGCCCUAAUUGACUCGCCUAGGUUCAUCAAAUUGCAACUCAAUCGAUCAAUUGAAACUGGAACCAAUUUGAGUCUGAUUGUUAGAGAUGAUAGUUUAUAUUCAAUAGACUUAGAUGUGCUUGAUGAUAUCUUCAACCUUGGUGGUGGUAUUAGUAGUUUUCCACUUUUAGAUGUUGCAGAAUUCGAUAACCCCAUCGAAUCUGAGUCCUAUUGGACUUAUGUAGAAGGAGGUUCGUGCAAUGGUUUGGUCUGUUUGCGUCGUUUCUUAGAUGAAGCCAUUGCCGUGUUAAAUCCUUCAACUAAGGAGUACAAAAUUUUACCAGUGACACCCCUCAGCGGCGGUUUCUUCACAUUUCUUGGAAUUGUGUAUGAUUCUGCUGGUGAUGAUUACAUGGUGGUUACGAUUUUGGAGUUCUGGGAGGAUCCCGAUUCACUUCCCGCUGAAGUAAUGGUUUUUAGUUUAAAAUCGAAUAUGUGGAGGAGGAUUGAGAGCUUCGAUUAUAACCUUUACUGGCAAUGGGAUAGUCCCAGAAGUCGUAGUGUGCUCGUGGAUGGUGCUUUGCAUUGGUUAGCUUGUCCAGAUUCGUCUGAAUUGUUGUAA